AUGGCUUCUUCACAGGGCGAUUUCGAAACCUUUCCCCUCGGCGACUGGAAGCUCCAGAGCGGCGAGGUUAUCCCCGAUGCGCGUAUCGCUUUCAAGGCUCUGGGUGAUCCAGCGCUCCCCACAAUUGUCUACCCGACGUGGUUUUCUGGCCUUAUCUCUGAUAAUCUCUGGCUGGUGGGAGAUGACAAGGAACUCAGCCCGAAGAAAUAUUUCAUCAUCGUCCCCGCAUUGUUUGGGAACGGCCAGUCCACAUCUCCCUCCAAUUCCCCUACCAUCAAAGAGUUUCCUCGGGUCACAUUCUACGAUAAUGUGAGGGCCCAGCAUGAACUCGUUACGAAGCAUUUUAACAUCACCCAUCUACGCGCCGUCCUGGGGUGGUCUAUGGGAGCCGCCCAGACAUUCCAGUGGGCAACCCAGUAUCCAGAAUUUAUGGAUUUGAUCGUUCCGUUCUGCGGUUCCGCAAAGACAUCACUGCACAAUCAGGCUUUCCUUGAAGGCGUCAAGAGCGCCUUGUUGGCGGCCAAGGGUUUUCGAUCUGCCGGGGUAGGAGAGGUUGGAGCCGCAGUGGGCAGCGAUUUACACCGGUUGUGGACUCGGGACGAGAGAGAAGUCGCACUGCGAGCAUUCGGUCGCGGGUAUUCUGGUUGGGGAAUGAGCCAGACGUUUUACCGGCAGAGGCUGCAUGAAACCGUCCUCGGAUACAAAGAUCUAGAGGAUUUCAUGGUGAAUUUCUGGGAAACGUUCUUCCUGACAAAAGAACCAGAGAACCUGCUCGUCAUGUUGCAGACCUGGCAAAAUGGCGAUAUCUCCAAGCAGGAACCGUACAACGGCAACUUUGAAGCCGCUCUAAAGGCAAUCAAAGCAAAGGCACUGGUUCUACCCAGCAAAACUGACCUAUACUUCCCGCCUGAGGACUCGGAGUACGAGGUUGCGAACUUGCAGCCCGGAAUAGGCAGGCUGGAUGUCUUCCCAUCCAUAUGGGGUCUUUUUCAAGACGGUUCCGGGUAG